CAUGGAAAAAAUGGAGGAGAAAAUAAAGCUGAAUAGAGAAGUUGACUCAUGUAGCUGGCCCCAAGUAAUUAGUAGGUGUGCAUUAAGUUGAUCUUAUUUGUAUAAUAACAUUUAUCCAUAUCUCUUUACAUGUGCAUUUUUUUACUUGCAUUUGGUUCGGGACAUCAGAUGUAUUUGCUUGUGGUUAGGUUUUCCACCAUUUGAUUACAUUGCUUGAUUUAUUUCUAAAUUUUCUAUCAGUUUUCCUUCUCUCUGGAACUGAUAUAUAGGAUUGUUCUUUCUGUUGACAGUGUCAACAUUAGGGUAAGAAGUGAGGGUGUACAAAAACGGGAGAGGAGAGAAAGUAGAUGGGUAGAAGUGAGGACAGUAAGAGGAAUCAGAGAGAGAGAGGAGAAAAAUAAGAUUGAAAUAUAGGAAAAGAGGUAGAUCAAUUCAAAUCAAACAUAGCAAGAAAAGGUUAUAUUUAUUGUGUUUUGAACUCCCCAGACCUCAUUUGUGGGAUUACAUUGAGUAUGUUGUUGUUUGUUGUGUGAUGAACUUUCGAUAAGUUAGAAUUCCCAAUACAUUUAAAACUUAUCUCUAAAGUCUAAUAAGAAGAUAAUUAUCACGUCAAUUUCAUCAGAAGACCAGACUAAAAUCAAAUCAAUUAAGAGAACACAAUGAUAAAGGGUACACACUAAUCUAAAAAUAGCUAAGCAUAAUCUCACAGCUAAAUGAUGAAUAUUAGUUGGAGAAAGGUCUUUAUCUUCAAUCAGAGAUAAGAGUUUCAAUUGUCUCAAGAGAUUUGACCUUUUCAGGACUCCCUAUGAUAGAUAAGGCACUUUUAUUUUGUUUGGCUGAAAUGAAUUUGAUAUAAGGCUCAAAUAUGACAGGGCGAAUUUUUUUGUUAGUUAAUUGUAUAUGUAUGCCUUUUGCGAGGGUUGGACUGUCUAUGUUACAUUGGCCUCCUUUCACUCUUCAACCUUGUGUUGUAUUCAGAGUGACAAAGACUAUCAUCUUUGCGCGUGUCCCAUCCUCUUCUCCAACCUUUUUGACAGAGGUCAAAAUCUUGUUGCCAACUCCCAUGGAGGUUAAGCUAUGGAAUGAUAAGCGGGAAAGAGAAAUGUAUGAAAACUUUGCAGAGCUCUUUGCUAUAAUAAAGGCAACGGAAAAGCUCGAGAAGGCGUAUGUUCGUGACAUCAUUUCACCAGCUGAAUAUGAAGCUGAAUGCCAGAAGUUGAUUGCUCAUUUCAAAACCUUAUCUUCCACAUUGAAAGAUACCGUACCUAGCAUUGAGCAAUUUCAUGACACCUACAAAAUGGAUUGCCCUGCUGCCUUAAACCGGCUUGUGACCUCUGGGGUGCCUGCCACUGUGGAGCACCGUGCCGCCGCUGCUACAUCAUCUGCAUCCUCAGCUUCUGUUGUGGCUGAGUGUGUGCAGAACUUCAUCACUGCCAUGGACUCUUUGAAGCUGAAUAUGAUUGCUGUAGACCAGGUCCAUCCCCUUUUGUCAGACCUAUCAUCUUCCCUUAAUAAACUUUUAAUACUUCCAUCUGAUUUUGAGGGGAAGACAAAGAUGAGAGAGUGGCUCUCAAGGCUGUCAAAAAUGGGAGCUGCAGAUGAGUUGACAGAACAGCAAGCCCGUCAACUCCACUUCGAUCUUGAAUCAUCAUACAAUUCUUUCAUGGCGGCACUGCCCUCUGCUGGAACUUAAUUGCAUAUUUCAGGAUUUUUCUAGAGUAUGG